GACCUGUCCUCGAUUCUGAUGCCUCUGAGGCUAUGGCCCCCCGCUUGCGCUCGCUAUGUGUUUGGAUCAAGUUUUGUGGGCCAGAAGUACUUGAAGAAUUCCUAUGCCACAGUUUCUCCAACCAUUUUACCGCAGCCUCGAACGCCUGAUUACAACGAGUCGAUGCUGCCUACAAGCUUGGACAAGAAUAUUUUAGCACAUCUAUCGACAUCAUCUGACAUUCCGUCUCUUCAUGAACUUAUUCGCCAAUAUGAGGCAAAUUCUGGACACGUAUUCGACCGCUCACUGCCUUAUGAGUCCCGACCUUCUGAAAGUAGACAGCAGCAUAGUUUUACAAACAUAUCUGGCGACUUCAGUAUUGUCAUGAUUGCGCACUGCAUCGAGACGCAUGGCGACCACAAAGUGUCGCUUUCUUCUGGGUUCGCGUUGGAAGCACCAUCUGCCAGUCUUGGCGACACCCUCUUCUUGACCUGUGCUCAUACAUUAGAAGAGAUGCGCAGAUCCCCUCUGCUGCUAGCUAAUGCAGAGUCUAGUUCUCAGACUAGCGAUAGGAUCAGAGGGAGCGCGCAGAAAUCCGGAACGUUUGUGAUUUCUGGAUCAGCAGAACAUCAGCAGAUCCAUCCCGUCUCAGCCAUUCCGUCUGCGCUUCCACGGUCAGAUUUAAUGGCGUUGGCAUGUUCAAAAGCGCAGGUGCAAACACUACCAGUGUCCCUGUAUCCUGUCCAACCUGGCACUUCUAUCAGAGCGCAUUUUGUAUCCCAUUCGGAUUCACCGCCUGUGGAGCCUGGGUGGAUUCCCUGGGUUGGAGGUACUUGGAGCAAAUGGGUUCGCGGAACGGUGCUAGGAUAUCGAGAUUUUGCAGGUCGGGAGACCAUGCCGGGAACAUACGACGCGCUGUCUCAUCUUUUGUUCACUCCUCUGCCAACUAUGGGGUCGAGCGGAGGACCGAUAGUAGACGAUGAAAGCGGUGCAGUUGUUGGAGUUAUGUUGGGUACACGUAUGGAUAAUCGUGUAGAGGGCGUUCGGGGAUGGGGCGUUCCCUCUGAGACGAUAUUUGAGAUGUUUAGUCUUCCAGGGUUGGAAGGGAAACGUUGAACAGAUCCAAUCUAGAUUAGUUUUGUCCAUUAUUUACAUAAAUAAGUAUCUGAUCAAUUCGGGGA